AUGGCACAGAUCCCUGACCGUAGUACCGGAGUCAGGCUGCAACGCCUUCAACUGAGGACGUUCCGCGGAGAUUUUACAGAAUGGCAGCCGUUCUGGGAUCAGUUCAAGGCCAACGUGCACGACAACAGGAAUUUAACCAAGUCGGAUAAAUUCCAUUACCUUCGAUCGUUGUUGCUCGGAACAGCGGAGGCAGCCAUAUCAGGACUGCAGACGAACGAAGCGGCGUACGACGACGCUAUCGUUUUGCUCACUCAACGGUUCGGAGACCGCGGAAGGCUUGAGGAACAGUACCUAGGGAAGCUUAGAACGCUUCCACAUGUUAAGUCCUCAACGGACACGUGCGGUUUGCGAAAACUCCACGACUACGUGCAGACGAACAUAUGCGGUUUACGCUCUUUAGGAAUACCAACAGUGACUUACUGUUCGAUGAUGACGCAAAUCAUACUGGCCGCAAUACCGUCCGACAUAGUGCUCGAGUACCAUCGUUUGAACCUCCGGAGCAUACAGAGAGACGCCGCAAUACCAGCAGAACACGAAGUCGCCACGUUACAAGAUGAAGGCGCUGCCUCCGCAGCUUCCGCAGAACUGAACAAGGUGUUGGCUUUCCUGAAGGCGGAAGUUGAAAGCAGCGAAAGGAGUGGACUUUGCGACCGUCAGGAUCAGAAACCGUCCGGCCAACGGAAGACGGGAGCAAAAGGUCAUGCCAGUGCACACUCGGCUUUCGCGUUGCACAACCAAACUGUCCCGACGAACUGUCUCUUUUGCAAGGUGGAGUCUCACGCCACUGAGAACUGCAACGCGGACAUGUCGCAGGAAGACAAAAAGAAGACGUUGGUCAAGUACAGGCGCUGUUUUCGGUGCACGAAGGCGUUCCACAAUUCAAAGGAAUGCCGUUACAAGGGAAGGUGCUCAAAAUGCAGAGGAAGACACGUUGCCACAAUGUGCGACCCCAACUGGACGGCCGCGCACGCGAAGGAAUCUCAAGACAAAAACGCCAUCGAAACGACAGAAACUUCAGUCCUGAUGUCUUCCGCGACCAGUAUGAGCACUGUGCUCCUCCAAACGUUUCGUGCACAGGGGUGA